AUGGUAGAGAUCGUUGAAGAAGUUGAUCAUCUAAGCUUGGAGGAUGAAGAAGCUGAAGAUAUCAGUUACGAGGAGCUCAAGAAGCGAAUGUGGAAGGAUCGUGUGCGCUUAGAGAAGUUUAAGGAAAUACGAAAAAGUGAAGAACCCGUGUCUUUGGCGAAAGAAGAGGCGUCUCGCCGGAAGAAGAUGGCUAGAGCUCAAGAUUCCAUACUCAAAUACAUGGUGAAGAUCAUGGAAGUGUGCGAAGCACGAGGCUUCGUCUAUGGGAUCGUUCCGAAGAAGGGGAAGCCGGUGACAGGAUCGUCGGAUAGCUUACGAGAGUGGUGGAAAGACAACGUCCAGUUCGACCAGAACGCUCCACUUGCAAUUUCCAAGUAUCUACCAGAAGUGCUUUUGGAACAAGCAUGUUCUAGUGGGCUGGAUCAAGACAACUCUUAUGUCCAUCUCCUUCAUGACUUGCAAGACACGACUCUGGGGUCGCUGCUUUCGGCUCUAAUGCAACACUGCAUACCUCCACAGAGGCGGUUUCCUUUGGAGAAAGGUUUGGCUCCACCGUGGUGGCCCAAGGGAAAUGAGAUAUGGUGGGGCGACCAAGGGGUUUCUCAAGAGCAUGGACCUCCUCCUUAUAGGAAACCUCAUGAUCUCAAAAAGGCUUGGAAAGUAAGUGCUUUGGCUGCAGUGAUUAAGCAUAUGGUUCCUAAUAUGGACAGGGUUAGAAGGCUAGUAAGGCAAUCCAAGUCCUUGCAGGAUAAAAUGACUGCUAAGGAGGCCGCGAUUUGGUCCAAAGUGGUUAACCAAGAAGAAGCAAUUCUCCAACUUAUACAUGUCUUCCCAAAAACUUCAAACAGUGAAUGGGCUUUAGGCUUUGUGGAUAAGAAAUCGAGGGCAAGCCAUAACGGAAAGAAUGUUUCUGAUACAACAGUGCGGGUUGACACAAGUUGCUCGUAUGAUCACUCCCCAAUUGAUUCAGAAUUCGAAAGUGUGGUGGACUGGAUUAAUAUGGAGCUACAAAAGGCCAGUGUAAACGAAGCUGGUGAAGUGGUGUCUGGUUGUCCAAGUGCAUAUUGGGAAGGUGUUAUGGAAGAUUCAGCUUUGGAUGCAGCAUUUGAGAUUCAAAGGGAAAACAUGGAUUUAAAUCUAUAUCCAGACGAAGGGAUAUCACAGAUGAAUCAAGAACCAACUUCAAUUUGGGACUUGGGAUAUGAUUAUAACGAUGCAAACUUGUAA